UAUGAGGACGAUGCCGCCAACCCAUCAUCUGUCUAAACUUUGCUUAAAAGCAAGCAACAGAAAGAUAAUGCCAUUGCGAACCGACAAAAAGCCAUCAUGGAUUGCCUCACCGGAAGGUCAAUCUAAAAUACCAUAUUUUCCGCAUGCGUAUAGACACUAGUUACCUUCACUUAUUCAAUCUCUGUGCCAUUGGUUUCUGCAGUUUGGUAAAGAAAAGAACAUGGGUUGUUCUUUUGCUUCGAUAAUUUUGCUUCAAGUUUUUCUUUGGAAUUUGGGUUUUGCUCUAACAAUAUUAAAGACACGUUCUUCGUCAUCAUCAACCAGUUAUGUAUCAGCCAUAGGAGACCCAGGAAUGAAAAGCCCAAAUGUGAGAGUGGCAUUAGAAGCUUGGAAUUUCUGCAAUGAAGUUGGGUCUGAAGCUCCUAACAUGGGUAGCCCAAGGUUGGCUGAUUGUGCUGAUUUGUAUUGCCCAUCAAUUUCUGAUUCCUUGGGCCAAAACUCCUUUGAUGCUGUAAGCACCUGUGAAGUGCAUCAUAAAGUGAAUGACUCUAACAACAACUUAAGAGCUGGUGAUAAGUUUCCUAACAAAGAAUUUGAAUCCUAUGAAGACCCUGACAAGUUUGCUGUGCAAAAGGAGUUGUAUCUUGCUUCUUUGUGUGAAGUUCAUGAAUCCCCAAAACCAUGGCAGUUCUGGAUGAUUAUGCUUAAGAAUGGUAAUUUUGACAAAAAUACGACACUUUGCCCUGAAAACGGGAAGAAUGUCACUAAAAUAAUAACAGACAGGAAUUUUCCAUGCUUUGGUGAAGGAUGUAUGAAUCAACCACUUGUUUAUCACAACUAUUCACAAUUAGUUUUUGAUGGAAAAAUGGCAUCUUUGACUGGAGGAUUUUAUGGGACAUAUGAUCUCGAUGCUGACUUGAGCAAAGGCGCAGGGAGUAAUUCCUAUUUUUCAGUUGUUUGGCAGAAGAAUUUGAGCACAGGGAGUUGGAUUUUUUCGCACAAAUUAACAACAUCCGCAAAGUAUCCCUGGCUCAUGUUAUAUCUGCGUUCAGAUGCAACAGAAGGAUUUAACGGUGGUUAUCACUAUAAUGGCAGGGGUAUAAUGAGAAAGUUGCCAGAGUCACCAAAUUUUAGAGUGAAAUUGACACUUAAUGUUACCUGUGGAGGAGGGGCCAAUAGUCAGUUUUAUCUUGUUGAUAUUGGAAGCUGUUGGAAGAACAAUGGAGAUCCGUGUGAUGGUGAUGUUCCGACAGAUGUUACGAGAUACAGUGAGAUGAUAAUUAACCCAGCAACUGCAAGCUGGUGCAAUCCAAAUAAUUUGCGUUCCUGUCCGCCUUACCAUGUCAGUCCUACCGGUGAAAUAAUCUACAGAAAUGAGACAUCUCGAUUUCCAUAUUCUGCUUACCAUCUGUACUGCGGCCCAGGAAAUGCCAAGUAUCUGGAGGAACCAUAUGAUAUCUGUGAUCCAUACAGUAAUCCACAAGCUCAGGAAUUGGUACAAAUUCUACCACAUCCUGAAUGGGCUGUUCAUGGCUACCCUGAAAAGAAAGGAGAUGGAUGGAUUGGUGACUCUAGGACUUGGGAGCUUGAUGUUGGAGCCCUAUCUAGUCGUUUAUACUUCUAUCAGGAUCCAGGAACAAAACCAGCAAGGCGUAUAUGGUCUUCAAUUAAUGUUGGAACGGAAAUAUAUGUUAGCCGGUCAGGCGAAACUGCCGAGUGGACUGUAAGUGAUUUCAAUGUGUUGGUUCCAGAAGAUGAUACUUCUGGUGGUUGCAGCUCUGAAUGAUUUGUUGCCAGAUUGUUCAUUUUCAUAUUUAAGUAAGAGCCCAUACAAAAUCAGUGCUGUUCAGUUUCAUCUGGCAAAAAAAUUAUCAAGUGAAGUCCUGUAAAUGUUUAUAUGACUAUUGUGUAUAUAGUCUUGUAAAUGUACUGUUGUUCAUUAUGUAUAUUUAAAAAUACUAGUUUACCUUCUUUUUAGUCCUGCAAAGAGACGUUAAUCUUGUCUCAAAAUGUAAUAACCAAACACUCAGUUAUCGUAAUAGCACCCUUGUGUUAAAGUUCUGAUC